GUGGGAAAUGUUGUUCAAUUUCAAUGUAAAAAAGGACACCUUCUCCAUGGCUCAACAACACGAACUUGCCUUCCUGAUCUUACAUGGAGUGGAAUCCAGCCAGAAUGUAUACCUCACAGCUGUAAACAACCAGAUACACCAACUCAUGCUAAUGUUGCUGGAAUGGAUCUUCCCUCACUUGGUUAUACAUUGAUUUACACUUGUCAGCCAGGCUUUUUCCUAGCGGGAGGAUCAGAGCAUAGAGCCUGUAGGUCUGAUGGCACAUGGACGGGGAAAGUUCCAGUUUGUGAAGCUGGUUCCAAAAUAUUAGUGAAGGAUCCCAGACCAGCUUUGGGAACACCAAGUCCGAAAUUAAGUGUUCCUGAUGAUGUAUUUGCCCAAAAUUAUAUAUGGAAAGGAUCUUACAAUUACAAAAGCAAGAAACAGCCCAUGACUUUGACAGUCACCAGUUUCAAUGCAACUUCAGGAAGAGUAAAUGCAACACUUAUAAACAGUAAUAUGGAAUUGCUGCUAUCAGGAGUGUAUAAAAGCCAGGAGGCUCGACUAAUGCUACACAUAUAUCUCAUUAAAACACCCUCCCAUACAUCUGUGAGCAAGUUGAAAGAAGAAAAAUGGGCUAUGGAUGGUUUUGUGAGUGCAAAACGAAAAGCAGAACAGAAAACUAUAAACCACUUAAGUAUACUGGUUUUUUUUUUUGGAGCAACAUAUGUUUUUCAAGGAUUCAUCCAGGGAAAAGAUUAUGGACAAUUUGGGCUUCAGAGAUUAGGUCUUAACAUGUCUGAGGGUUCAAAUUCUUCUAAUCAACCACAUGGUACAAAUAGUAGUUCAGUGGCCAUUGCUAUCCUUGUGCCUUUUUUUGCCCUUAUAUUUGCUGGUUUUGGCUUUUAUCUUUAUAAACAAAGGACUGCACCUAAAACACAGUAUGCGGGAUGCUCUGUACAUGAAAAUAAUAAUGGACAAGCUGCUUUUGAAAACCCUAUGUACGACACAAGUGCAAAGUCUGUGGAAGGGAAAGCAGUACGAUUUGACCCCAACUUGAACACCGUUUGCACAAUGGUAUAAGGUGGUAAUGAUGUCUUCAAAGUCUGGAAAUUGACACACAACAAAGUGCACACAGUUCACUGAUUAAAAAAUGGAAAUAAUUAAAAAAAAAAUUAAAGCACACUUUUCAGGAUAUACUGCAUCACCUUUUCCUGAGGAUGAUAGACAAGAAUGGGUUGUGGUUACUUUGGUUUUAUUUUGUUUUUCAUAAACUGGAUCAAAAUUCUUCUUCGUGUAUACCACGGAGAAUUUUAAAAACAUUUGCUGCACUCCAUGAGUGCUACUCACAGUUUAUUUGCUUUUUUAAAAAAGGAGGUUAUUCUAAAACAUA